CAGCUGUCAGGUUGGAUGCUUAGUAAUAGUGUUGCCUUGUUUUUAGGUGGAACUCGAUUGCUGCGACAUCGUUCAAGUAGAGAAUGACGAAAAUACAGUAUGCAAUACAUGGUAGCGGUAUGCUUAAAUAGGACGACUGUAAAUCGGCGUUAAUUGGUGUGUGAACUUGACUAACGUAACAACAAAAUGGAUCGCUCUCCUGGACAUCUGUCUAAAAAUGUUAAAGAUAUUGUGGACUCUCUGGUUUGGAUAAAAGUGGUGGCCGUUGGAAGUGUCGGAGUCGGCAAAACCUGCCUCAUUAAACAUUUUUGUGAAAGCAAGUUCACAUCAUCAUACCAAGCUACAGUGGGUGUGGACUAUGGAUUUAAAAUACAGAAUAUCAAUGGAACAGACUUGAGAGUUCACCUGUGGGACUUAUCGGGACAUCCAGACUACGCCGAUGUACGAUCUGAGCUUUACCGAGAUACCCAAGCAUGUUUUAUCGUCUAUGAUGUUACAAACUCUGCAUCGUUUGAACAUUUAGAAUUGUGGUUGAAAGAGUUGCUGAGGUGUGGUGCUGGUAACUCAUAUACGCUGGUCGUAGCUAACAAGACUGACCUAGAUUCCAAGAGAGUUAUUAGUGUGGAUGAAGGUCGGAAAUGGGCUGCAGCUCACAAACUGAAAUAUUAUGAGACAUCAGCACAUGGUGGAGAUGGAAUUGAAAAAAUGUUCACUGACUUAUUAACAGCUGUCGUAUCCAAGAAACCAUUACAAUAUCACGGCGAUAUGUAAAGUUGUCCUUAUCUAACUGCACGUAGAAGCUCAGGGAACUGAAAAAAACUUACUGUGUGCUAAACAUAGACGUUCAUGUCUUCUGCAAGCUGGGAUUUGUAUGCAGGAGAACACAAUUGUUGAAUAUUACUGGCUUAUAAUCUAAUACUGUAGAAUACUUUAUUUUCGCUUGGAAUUUAUUUUCACUAUUUUUGCUGAAGGGAUGAUUCCGUGAAAAUAAAAUCCAGCGAAUAUACUUUUUUUCCUAUAUUUCAUAUUAAACUCAUCAAAAAUCAGUGAAAAUAAAUUCCAAGCAAAACGCCCAAAAAGCCUUUUCAGCAAAAAUUAAUUCCAGCGAAAAUAAAGUAUUCCACAGUAAAUAAAAGCAGGGUGUAUCACAUCACAUAUACCUACCAUGGAAUAGGUCUGUGGAUGUGGAGAUUAACAUAAAGACUUGUGUCUGCGGGCAACACAAUGAAUUAUUUUGUUAUAUAAAGUGAAGAAAUGUCAUCAGCUUUGCAUGAUUGGACAGCCUGCAAGUACCCAAAGGUGUUUUAUUUAUAUUCAAGGGAGUUGUCAUCAUGCCUGGAGAUAAUAAGCUGUCACCAAUCACGGGUAUAAACAAUGUAGGCUACUGAGUGAGAGACAAAAGUUUGUGAAUUCUACCAGUAGUAGUGAUAAUUUCACGGGGGUCCUUGAAACAAUUAGACUCAUUACUGUAGUCCUUGAACAGGGAUACAUGUAAACAUUUCAUUGGGAUGCUUGGAACAAGGAUUCUAAUGAACAAAUCACUGGGGCCCUUGAGACAGGACUCACAAUGAACAUUUUACUGGGAUCCUUGAAACAGGGACUCACAGUGAACAUUUCACUGGGUUCCUUGAAACAGGCACUCACAGAGAACAUUUUACUGGGUUCCUUGAAACAGGCACUCACAGAGAACAUUUUACUGGGUUCCUUGAAACAGGC